GUUGUUGUCCAAGACUUGCCGGACGUCCGGCGGGUCGGCGCUAAUCAGUCACGGUUCAGCUGUUUUGUGAAACAGCAAGCUCUUGCCCAGUGAAAUGCUCUAUCCCAUUGAUACCCAACAAGGGCAGCCACGCCCAAUGUGUGUUGUACUAUACAGGGCAAUCCAGGGCUUUUGCUGGCAAGGAAUUCCUUUUGCCGUAUUUCAACAGAGGCAUACCGGCUACUCUUUCAAAUGGAGCGGAUUUUUGGUAAUGGCUCGACGAGCCAGACGCCAUCAUGGAGACCUGAGCCGCGGGAGCGGGGUACGUUUGGAAUCCUCUCGACAUGCAUCGUCACCCUCGGCCUCUGUGUGUGGACUGCCAUCCACCUCAACCUCCCUGCCCACGGCGACACCAUGAUGAAACAGCAAUGGUGCAAGGUCCGUUUGGAUGUUGCUGGGCUUCCUCGCUCCAGAAAUGUCGCAUACACCGCCUUUCGGCAGUAUACGACAGCGUGGAGGCUGCAACACAAGAUGAAAGCAUACUUCCCAACUGACGACAGAACCCCCGUCUCGCAGCUUAGUAAGAGUGAAGGGGAACUGGAGGAAGGUCAGCCACUAGGCGAUUUGGGGGGGCGGAGAGUCCAACAUGAAGAGAAGCAGAGAAUCGUGGAAGAGAUCAAGGCCACCAGGCAAAAAUGGACAAUUGUGCACAGCUAUUUCGCUACUAUGGGAGGAUUCGCCGUGCAGAUCGCUGAUGAGAAUGGCCACCAGAACUUCUUUCCCUGGCGCGAUACCAAAAAGGAGCCUGAGAGAUAUACUCAGCUCACGCUAACCCCUGAAGGGCUUUGUUACCUGGAGGAGCAGUUCCCUGGGUUUAUACCGAACCUCUCACGGACAUCAAUAAAGGACAAGAGCAAGGGGAGCAUGUUUGCUAAAGCUGUGGUCUGCCUUCAGGCCUCCUGGUUUUGCUUUCAAUGUCUUACCCGAUUCAUCCAAGGUCUCGGAAUCAGCCUCCUGGAGCUCAACACGCUUGCUUUUUACUUACGUCCUCUGGUGGAACAAGCCACUCGACAUCGAGGAACCUGAAGUCAAAGUCAUUAGCGACGAGCCCGAAGACGGGGCUAUGUAUAAAGCCUUGGCCUACAUGUGCCUGAAAAGCGGACUUGACGAACACCUGCCAACUAGCCGCCAUUAUAUAUUUGAUGAGGAUUAUGGGUAUCAAAUUGUUCCCUACAUUCUUUCCGGCUCCCCCCGAUCGCGUGCCCGGAAAACUAUUUUAGAGAAAUAUGGCACUGGGUACCUGCUAACGGUGGAUCGGGAACGGAUUUUUUCUACCAAUGCUUCUGA